AACAGCUCUCAGAGGUAGACAGCAGAGGACGGCAGGUUGGCUGUCAGUCAGUGUCAGGUGGAGCUGAGCUCAGACUCUGCUACACUCACAGGGACUGUCAGUGGACGGUCAUGAAGAUAACCUGAAGUCUAUUCAAUGCCAAAGGUGGGGAGGAUUUUUGAGUGGUGGUCUCUAUGUGAAGCUCCUGGAGUCAUGACAGACUUUUGGUUGAUUUCUGUCCCGCUGGACAAAACCAGUUUAACCAGUGUAGAGAAACUCAAGCGCAUCGCUGCCAAAACCAACCUGGCCUCCUGCUGCAAGUUCUCCAUUCCAAAUCUCAAGGUGGGAAUACUGGACAGUCUGCUCAGCGUGUCAGAUGACCUCUCCAAGCUUGACACGCUGACGGAAAGUGUGAUCAAAAAAACGUGUCAGUGUAUGAGGGACAUGAUGGAGCAGUCGAAUGACAAAGUUUUGGAAAACUCCUUAGCCAAUGGAGGCCACAGCACCAGUCAGAGAGCUGCCCUGUCACCUCUGAAAGCUUACCUCAAGUCUCUGAGGGUGGACCUGAUGAGCUAUGUAACCAAGUUUCAAUGGGACAAAGCCAAGUAUCCCACAGCUCUGCCUCUCUCCAGCCUGGCAGACAUCAUCAACAAGGAAGUUUCCCAGGUGGAGACAGAAUUAAAAUCCCGUGCUGCAGCGUACAACAGCGUGAAAGUGAGUCUGCAAAGCCUUGAGCACAAACUAGAAGGGAAUUUGCAAACUUGCAGUCUGAAUGGCAUUGUGAGGAAAGAGGACCUGGUGGUGUCAGACUACCUCACCACUCUCCUGGUAGUGGUGAACAGAGGGAGUUACUUGCAGUGGGAGAGGACCUAUGAAUCCUUGUCAGAGUUUGUGGUUCCGCGGUCGAGCAGGAAGCUGUUCGAGGAUGGAGAGGGAGGAAUCUUCUCAGUGACACUGUUCAAAAGAGCCGUGUGUAAAUUCAAAGCCAAAGCCCAGGAGAGCAAGUUCAUCGUGCGUGAGUACAGCUUGGAUCUGGAGGAGAAGAAGCAGCAGGAGAUUAAGCAGCUUAGCGUUCACAAAAAGGAGCAGUAUGGAAUCUUUGUAAGCUGGCUGAAGGUGAAUUUCAGUGAGAUGUUUAUUGCCUGGGUUCACUUGAAAGCAUUGAGGGUGUUUGUAGAAUCAGUCCUCAGGUAUGGACUACCUGUGAACUAUCAGGCUCUUCUACUGCAGACUGACACGAAGCACUCAAAGAAGCUGAGAGAAGAACUUUCCUCGCUGUUCAAGCAUCUGGACCCCACUGCCAGUAUGACAGACGUGAGCUGUGACAUCCCAGGACUCUGUCAGCAGGAGUACUUCUCCUACAUCUGUUUCCACGUCAGCACCAAUGUGUUGGAGAUGAGCUAGCAGUCAGAGAUGUGACUGCCAAAGCAGAGAGGGCCCUGUCACACACGCUGUUUCUUGUUCCAGUCAGUCAGAGCCAGAAACAGAGCUGCAUCGCUAAAAUAAAACACAGCUAGCAGAGAACAUAUCCUUGAAUAUCUUGGUUUUCAACAUUUCUCUUGAGCCAGAAAGUGACUUUUUGAGAUGGUGGUGUAAAUAAACCUGUCAGUGGAUGGAUUUGGAUCCCCUUCAACACAAUGCCAGCUGCACAUGGACUACACUUAUGAUGUGCUGCACAUGGAAUUGUGGAAAUAUUUAAAUGUGUUUAAUAUCUGAAGAAUGUUCUUCAGGGAUUUAUGUUAAAAGAACACACACUGUAAAUACUAAUGUCAGUGUACAGCUUCAAACAUGUUAAGUGAGCACGUUAUUAUUUUAAAUCUUAAAGCCAUCACACUAAUAAAGUGGAUUUCUUCAUGCA